GGUAUCACCCCCACGUAAAGGUUUCAACGCUAGAAAGCAUAGGAAAGAAAACUCUCACAAUGAGUUCUGAUACCCUUCCGAAAGACUUUCUUUGGGGAUAUGCCACUGGUAUGAGGUCAAAUUUGGAGCAAUGUAAUCCAGUAGCUAACUUUGGCAGCGUCCGCACAAGUUGAAGGCUCACCGGAAGCAGACGGCCGUGGGCUGUCCAUCUGGGACACCUUCUCCCUCCAGGGAGACAGAACAGAGGAUGGAAAAUCUAACAGCUUCGGAACAGAUAGUUACAGACGCUGGAAAGAGGACAUUGAUCUCAUGAAGAGCUACGGUACCACAUAUUUCCCUUCAUUCCUCCCCCGGACCCCUCCUCACCGACUACUAAACAAUUCCAGGUGCAAAUUGCCACCGCUUUUCAAUAUCCUGGUCCCGAAUAAUCCCCUCAGGCGGCCGCAGCGACCCCAUCAACCCGGCCGGGAUAUCCUUCUACAGAACUUUUAUCCAAUCCCUCCUGGAGGCCGGCAUCCAACCCGUGCCGACUCUCUUCCACUGGGACCUCCCACAGGCCCUCCAAGAUCGCUACAAAGGCUUUCUGAACAAAGAGAUAGUGGCAGACUUCACACACUACGCCCGCAUCGUCUUUGACGAAUUGGGCGACCUGGUGAAAGUCUGGCUGACGAUAAACGAGCCAAAUGUAUACGCUGCUCUCGGCCACUGCAUUGGCGCGCAUGCACCGGGGAGAUCCAGUGACCGGACAAAGAGCGCGGAGGGCGAUAGCCUCGUUGAGCCGUACAUUGUUGGGCAUAACCUCCUGAUGGCACACGCUGCGGCGGUGAAGGUCUACAGGGAGGAGUUUUCCCAGCAGGGGGGGAGAAUCGGCUUGGUCGUCAAUGCGAAUUGGGCAGAGCCGUACGAUCAAACGGCCGAGAGUACUAUUUCCUCUUAGGGCACGAUUAGAAUUAAUACGCGCGCUAAUGAGAAAUAGACGUCGCCGCGGCGGAAAAAUAUUUCACCAUCUGCUCGCUCUGGCUCGCUGACCCGGUGCACAAGGGUGACUACCCGGAGCUCCUGAAGGAAAUUGUCGGAGACAAGCUUCCGGAAUUUGCCCCCGAAGAGAAGGCACUGCUGAAGGGCUCGAGCGACUUCUUCGGAUUGAACCACUACACAACGUACUACGCCAAAGUUCGCACGACACCAGCUGGACCGACGGACUUCAGAUCGCAGUUCUUUCACGGUGUCGACGAGACGAGCGUCGGCCCCGACGGGAAGGAGAUUGGACCGAAGGCAGGAUUACCCUGGGUUCGACCGGUACCUUGGGGCUUCAAAAAGGUGUUGAGAUUUCUGUGGGAGAGGUACGGGAGGGACAUUUAUGUUACUGAGGUAUCCCCCCCCCCUCCGCCCUUCUCAGCUUCAUCUCGGCUCCCAGUCUGAUGAAGUAGAACGGCGUCAUCUGCCCUGGUGAAAAAGACAUGAAGAAGGAAGAGGCCGUCGAAGAUGACUUCAGGAUCGAUUACUACCGCGGGUAUAUCAACGCCAUGGCUGAGCUGAUUAACGAGGGGGUCCCGAUAAAAUCCUACCUUGCUUGGGCAUUUGCGGAUAACUUUGAGUGUACGUUCCCACUUUCUCACCCCCGUGUUGCUGAUAAAGAAUGCACCAACUCAACAGAGCGUGUGUCUAGGGCAAGAAGGGUACACGGCCAAGUUCGGCGUCACAUUUGUUGACCCCGAGACCGGAGACCGGACGCCGAAGAGAUCGGCCGGCUUUCUGAAGGAGUUCAUGGAAGGGAAGAUGGGUGCUUGA